AUGUCGCCUUUCAAUUAUGCGAAAGUCAACAGCGAAAAUGAUCACGACGAGUCACUCGAGCAACAGCAGACCUACCGAGGGCUAGAUCGACUAGCAAUAUGGCUGAAGACGGUCGAGAAGUUCCAAUUCCUCCGGUGGCCGCUCACGUUAUUCCUCUUACUCGUCAUCCUCAUCUGCGAGCUAUCGAUCCUCCACAAGCAACCUAGCUCAUUGCAGCUUGGAGAGGAACUCAACAGGCUCGUGCCUCGCUUCGCCACGGAGCAGAGAAUCUUCCACUCAGAUCAAAGAUAUGCGUCGGAUCACAAGACCAUCACGUCCAUAAAUGCAACAAAGCAGCAUUGGCGAGAUCUCAUGCCCAAGGGCGGUGGCUUUUUAAACGUUCCAGACUACUCCUCUCACACCCUCCCACCACCUAUGCAUUUCCUUCAAACUCCAGACAAGGACGUUUAUGCGAUAGCGGUAUUCCACGAACUACACUGCCUAAUGCACAUGUCAGGUUACAUUGACAAGCUUGUCAUGAAGAUCCGUAACAAAGACUUCACGCUGGACGAAGGUGAAAUAGGACACAACGACCACUGUUUCAACUACCUGCGCAACGCCUUGAUGUGCUGUGGUGACACGACGCUUGAGGGUCAAUCGCAGGCGCCCAUGUUCAAGAAUGUGUCGGGAACGGACGGUACUGGAGCAGUCCAUAUCUGUCGGAACUAUGAUGAAAUUACAGUGUGGGCGGAGGGACGAAGAAUCACUGAUGCCAAGGAGAGUCUUUGA